GUGUCUAACGCAAAAACAGCUCUCCAAGUUGUGUAAACCUGUAAACCCAGAAUCUCCCUGUCUUUCCCAGUUUUGAACUCUCACGCCACCACCAUUUCAAUCGCUCUUCUUCCUCUAUCCACAACAAUGGCGGUUGAAACCAAAGACCUCGACAAUCAACCCCCGACUCCCCCAGCUACUUUUACAAACAAUGGCGACAUCGACGAGGAACCAGAAGAAAACGACGAAGAAGAAGACGAAGAAGACGACGACGCCAUUGAUGAAGACGAUGAUGAAGAAAAAGAAUCUUCUUCAUCGAAGAUAAAACCAAAUGAUGCAUUAAUUAAGGAUAAAAUGACGAAGCUUGUCAAUCGAGUGAGGUCGGAACCCAUUGCCCUAAGAGUUCAUGAUGUGGUUAUUAAGGGGAAUUUGAAGACUAAAGAUUCUGUAAUUGAAGCGGAGAUUUUAGAUGAAUUGAAACGAGCUUCUACUUUGCAAGAGAUCUUUCAAGCUGCUGCAAUUGCGAAUUUAAAGCUUCGGCAGUUGGAUAUUUUUGAUUCGGUUAAUUUUACUAUUGAUUCUGGACCUAAAGAGUUGCCUGGCACUGCUAAUGUUAUUGUUGAGGUUUUGGAGACGACGCGUCCGGUUACUGGUGAAAUUGGUGUUUACACUAAGCCUGGGGCUAGAUCAUGGUCUAUUGACGGAACCUUGAAGCUGAAGAAUCUGCUUGGUCAUGCCGAUAUUUGGGAUGGAUCUGUUUCUUAUGGAUGGGAUCAGACAACAGAUGUGAGUGCUGGGGUUUCACUGCCCAGAAUCAGACAUUGGCCAUCACCAGUUUUUGCUCGAGCAUCUCUAUUUUCCCAAGACUGGAUCAAGUUUUCCUCUUACAAAGAACAAGGACUAGGCUUUGGUCUUGGUCUACUAUCAACAAGGAAUCACGAGUUGGUAUACAAUUUGACUUGGCGCACCUUAACAGAUGCGUCACAAUUGGCUGGUGAAUCAGUAAGGAGACAACUAGGGCACAGUUUGUUGUCUUCGUUGAAGUACACAUUCAAAGUUGAUAAGAGGGAUUCUGUUUUGAGGCCUACUAGCGGACAUGCUUAUAGUUUUACUACUUUUUUAACUGGUCUGAGUCCUGAUAGUCGGAGUGCACGUUUCCUGCGGCAGGAGUUUGAUUUCCGUUAUGCACUACCAUUGGGAUUUAAUCACACGGCACUUAAUUUUGGGCUCUCAGCUGGUGCUAUCUUUCCAUGGGGAAGGGGAUGUUUAAACAGACCAUCAUCCCUGCCCGAUAGGUUCUUCAUGGGAGGCAAUACUUCACCAGUUUGCUCGUUGUCUGGGCCAAGUUCUCUGUUGGGUUUUAAGUGUAGAGGACUUGGACCUACAGAACCACGUAGAUCAACCAAAGACAAACCCGAUAAUGAUUCCAGUGCUGCUGCUGAGAGGGAUGCUCUAGGAGGAGAUCUUGCUGUCUCUGCGUUUGCUGACCUCUCAUUUGAUCUUCCGCUGAAAGUUCUCAAGGAUGCUGGGAUCCAUGGUCAUAUCUUUGCUGCGUCUGGAAAUCUUGUUAAAUUAACAGAGAAUGAGUGGCAGAAAUUCUCCGUGCAAAAUUUCAUGCAAUCUUUUCGAACUACUGUUGGUUGUGGAAUUAUUAUUCCCACUAAACUAUUCCGGCUAGAGGUCAACUACUGCCACAUAGUUAAGCAAUUAGAGCAUGAUCAUGGAAAAACUGGUGUGCAGUUCGGCUUUUCUUCUCCAUUUUGAACAUUGAAAAGGCAUUGAUUUUCUUAUAAAUUUCAGUUUUGUAUUCCCAACUUCUAUUUUUGCAAUGUGAUCUUGUCAUUGAAGAGCUAAGACAUCUGAUCGAAAAUGCUUUCAUUUCUCCGAUCAGCGAAGCAUGAAAGAAGCGAUUUAUUUUAUCUGAAAAAUAAUUUUCAAAUAAGUGUUCUGGGAUCUUGAUUGCUCAGGGAUCUACUUGUAUACAAUACUCUUGUCUAGUUUUCGCUGCAGCUUUCCAUCAAGUUGUUCCUAUGUAACAUCACCAGUUUUGCAACAAAGAAUACGCUAGCCUUACUGGAGAGAUCUAGUAAUUAGGCUGAAACUUUAUGCUCGUAUGAUUGUUAUUGACGAGGCUCCAGGUAUUUAUCUAGAGUUGACUCCCUUGAUGUGGAUUGUGACUAUGAUUUUUAUUUAUCGAUAGCUUUAAAAUCUACCAUUUACCAAUUGCUUCAAAAUGUUUAGCUUUGAUUAUGUGAUCGGAAUCAAUACACCUUCUAUUGCUGUUGGCGUUAGGAAGCUCUAGAUUUGAGCUUGGUAUUAUUGAUUUAAUUUGUGUCUUUUGCAGCAUACAACGAAAAAGGGUUUAUCAAUGGAUUCUGGAUUUCUGCAAGUUAUGUGCCAUUUGCCAGCAGAUGAGAAAAGGUAAAGAAGGAAAUCUUUACAGUUUGCUGAUUAUAAGAUUCGUGUCAGGUUACAUACAAUUUGUUAUUGGAGGGUUUGCUAGAAGGGUGCCUUUAAAUGUGGUGGGGGGGGUGUAGAAUUAUGGCGCUUCCUACUAUCAUUGUGUAGCGCUUAUUUCUACAAACGCUGGGUUGAUUUUUCCUCCUGGGCUUUUGUAGGUAAUUGAUGAAGAGCCCUAUUUCUUCAAAUGUUUCGUACGCUCGUCUGUCAUCCCAAAAUUCAUCCUGAUCAAACUUGGAUCUUGCUUUGGUUUUUGUCUUUGGGUUGGCUUAUUCUAAACUUCUCUUAUUCUUUGACUUGAGUGGAUCUCUUGUUUAGCUUCAUUUUUGAAGUGUUUGGAGUGAGUUUUAGAGAAUAUUUUAAGAAAGUAAAAGAAGGUGAGAAGAGGAGAGGAGAGGAGAGGGGACAUCUAUGUGUUUUACUCGAAUCUUAUUUUUUUCCAUCCAAACAUAACAGUAGAUUCGAGUAUUAGUUGAUCAUGGAGUUGGAGACUCAUGAUACACUUUGGAUGUCACUACAAGAAAGAUGUUGGGAGUAAAUGAAACGAAGGUAAAAAAACAAGUAGACGAAAUAAAUGUGAAUGAGAUCAAAUGAGAGAUUGUAUACGUAGAUGAGAUGAAUAGAGAAAAUGUAGGCUAAUGCUCAGUUCAAUAUGCAAUUGGGCUUAUAUUUCUCAACAAUUAUUAUUUAGUCAAUCUUUCUUUGAUUGAAAUUAAAUUCACAUACUACUCACAUUAAUAUAAUUUUAUGUAGUUUAAUUUAAUUUUAUAGUUAGUGAUAUAAGAAAACAUGUCCUUGAUAUUUUGGUAACUUUAAAUAGUGAAGACAAAAUUUGAUUUUAGAUCAUGGGUGUUGUAAAUAUCAAUGUACUACCAAAAGUGACUAUCAAUCAAGUUGAAUGCUAUCCUCAAAGUUAGUAUUUUUUAUACAUUCUACUCUCUCCUAUUCUGAUUUUAUUUGUUUUUAGCACUAUUUACUAAUUACUUUUAGUUUGUCUUAUUUAUUUUUAGCACUAUUUAUU